AUGAACAAUUUGUGGGAUCAAAUUCGACGGUCUCAGGAUGAAGAUGAUGAAGAGAUGAUGGCCACCAACACUAUUGUCAUCGCUGCAGUCGCAGAAGAAUCUAGAAACCAACACCGAGGGCGCGGUUCUCAUUCGGGUCGUGCACCAAAUGAGGAACGACUUAGAGAAGAAAGGGGCAAAGGUAUGUUGGUCGACUACUUUGUCGACCGGCCAGUGUUCAAAGAUCCGGUGUUCCGAACACGUUAUAGGCUGAGUCUCAAUCUCUUCAAGCGUAUAUCUACUGACCUUUGCCAGUAUGAUCGUUACUUUGUUCAAAGGUAA